AUGUCAACAAGAACAGCAACACGAUCCGGCUGGGUAUCUAUCUUCAAGUGCCAGAGAUCGCGUCUGUACUCUACUCUGUCACCCAACGCACGACUGAACACUCCAACGGAUUUCGAGGCGACCUCUCUGCUCCAUCACAACUCGAGAGCUGCGUUAGCCAGCACUGAACUAUCCUCCGAUGCGAGAAAUGGCACUGCAACGCGACUGAAUCUGUUCCAAGCCAUCAACUCGGCUCUUUCACAUGCGCUUCGAACGGAUCCACGAGUCUUGCUCUUUGGCGAAGAUGUGGCUUUUGGUGGAGUGUUCCGCUGCAGUAUGAACUUGGCCUCCGAGUUUGGCGAUGACAGAGUAUUCAACACACCCUUGACCGAACAAGGCAUUGUUGGAUUUGCCAUUGGAGCGGCUUUUGAAGGAAUGCGACCUGUUGCCGAAGUCCAGUUCGCCGACUACGUAUACCCUGCGUUUGACCAGUUGGUCAACGAAGCGGCAAAAGCUAGAUUCAGAGCUGGUGUGAACGCAAAGGGACAGAGCUGUGGAGGUCUAGUCGUUCGCAUGCCUUGCGGAGGUGUUGGACAUGGUGCAUUGUACCAUUCUCAGUCUCCAGAGUCACUUUUCACACACAUACCCGGCUUGCGUGUAGUUAUGCCUCGAGGACCCGCGCAAGCCAAAGGUCUCCUCCUCGCUGCCAUUGCGAGCAACGAUCCUGUUGUGUUCAUGGAGCCAAAGAUUCUCUACCGUGCAGCAGUGGAAUACGUACCUGCCGAGGCCUACGAGAUCCCUCUGAGCAAAGCAGAGAUUGUCAAGCCGGGCAAGGACAUCACCAUCAUCAGCUACGGCACCCCGUUAUACACCUGCGCGAAUGCCAUCGAGAAGGCUGAAGCAGACUUUGGUUGCCAGAUUGAGCUCAUCGAUCUUCGGACCAUCUACCCCUGGGACCGACCUACGAUCAUCGAGAGCGUCAAGCGGACCGGAAAGGCCAUUGUGGUUCACGAGAGUAUGACCAACUCCGGAGUUGGUGCCGAAGUGGCAGCAACUAUACAAGAGACAUGCUUCCUGAACCUAGAAGCCCCAGUUGCUCGAGUCUGCGGAUGGAGCACACAUAUGGGUCUCAUAUAUGAGCGAUUCAAUAUUCCAGAUGUGACACGUAUUUACGACGCCAUCAAAACAACGCUAGACUAUUAG